UCCUGCAGACUCAUGCUGAGGAUGAUCUUGGGUCACCCCAUAGCUGAGUGAAUGGUUGAUUUGACUCUCGUGGACAUGUUGGGGGACUCCAUGAUGAAUGCAGGAGCUGCAGAAACACUGGCUCAUUGUUUUCUGGUGAUUUCUGAAAAACUCCAGGGAGCUGUGGAUCAGCUGAAGAAGAAGCGGGAGCGGGCUCUGCAGCUGGAAGCCACAGAGAAGGAGAAACAAGCCUCCUGGAAGUGGAAGCUGACAGUGCAGAAGCAGACAUUGGCAAGGGAGUUUGAGAAGAUGCAUCAUUUCCUGGCUGAUGAGGAGCAGCGGCAGCUGCAGGAGCUGGAGCAGGAGGGGAGACAGAACCUGAAGAGAUUGAGGAAGAGUGAGGCCAUGUUGACCAAGUCAAGCCACACCCUGGAGGAGCUGAUCACAGAUCUGAAGAGGAGGUGCCAGGCCCCAGCAAUGGAGCUGCUGCAGAAUGUGAAGGAUGCCUUGGGCAGUCCCAUCUAGGUAAACAGUGACUGAUUAGGCCAGGAUCCACCUUAUCAGCACCCUUAGCAACAACCAAUCACUGACUGCUGGUGUAAUCCCAAGACUCCCAAAUUGUCAACAGUGAAAUUCCUGAAGACCAUCUGCAGUCUUAAGACCCCAAAUUAUCAGCAAUCUUGUCAACAGUGAAAUUCCUGAAGGCCACCCACAGAUAAUUUGAGACCCCGAAUUAUCAGCAAUACUGUCAACAGUGAAUUCCUGGCCAUAAACCCAGAGCCUUGAAACUUAACACCUGCAUUUGCUGAAGACUUCUUGCUGAAGACUUCUUCAGACACAGAGUGUCCGCUCGAUGACCUAAAGCCGAAAAUGAAGGAGCUCGGUGUAUAAUGAGAGGCUAAUGAAGACAACAACAAACGGAGGCGGGGAGGCACGUGAUAUGCCAAUCCAACAGACGAACAAAUGGGACUUGAGGGGAGGGGUCGGACUAGAGGGAGGGACUUGGUGCUGCGUCACCCAGGGAAGGGGGACCAGCGGGAAAUAUAAGGAUGGAUGCAUCCUCAGGUCUUUGUCUUUGUCUAACAAACAGUCACUGACCUUUUGUUGCAACAAAAUGAAUAAAAGGCUGG